CCUCACCUCCCCGCUUCCCGGCCCCUUUCUCUGCGGUCGACGGAGCCCCUCAUCGUCAUUGCCAUCGACGACGAUCCUCUACAGGGUCCUAACACUCCACACCUCUCUGCUUGCGCACCACGCUUUAGGCCCUGACUUUGUGCCUUGCAUCCGCUUCAUCUCUCCUUAUCGCUCGCGCCGGCCUGUCACUUUCGCUUCACCCACGCGCAUGACUGUAUCAAGAGGUCUCUAGUCUCUGACCACAAACGGCACUCAAGGCGAUGCCGCCAGCCUCGGCGGCUUUUGUCUCAAGCAGUACCGCUACAUCGUCCACAUGGCGCCACCCAUCCACUGCCCAGCUCUUCCAGCUCACUCUGCUCAUUGCUAAUACCGCCGUGAGCUGGAAUCGAAGGAGGAUCAGCAACAUCGCCGGUACAGCUAGCUUCACCGUAUGGCUCUUCGCACAGAGUCCACAGCUGUACGAGAACUACCGGCGCAAGUCCGUUUCUGGCUUGUCCCUCGUCUUUCUCACCCAAUGGAUUGUGGCAGAUGUCCUCAAUCUUGUGGGGGCCUUCCUCACACAGCAGCUGCCCUUUCAGAUCGCAGUAGCCUUCUACUUUUGCUGCGUAGACUGCGUCAUCGUCUUUCAGUGGAUACGCUAUUCUCAGAUCAACCCCCCACCCAAGCUCUCAAGACCAAAGUACGAAAGACAUAGAACACGCCAUGCCAGUCACAUUCAUCACCGCACGCAUACCCAAAUGUCAUCAGCCUCUUCUCACAAGUAUCGUCCGACGAUGACACAGUCCCUCACCCUGACCAGGCCUUCGCAAUCUCCAGUGAUCAGUAGUGGACCAGCUGGUCCCCCAGGCUAUGCUUCGAUGGAGAGCACUCGACCAGUGGACCAGCAGAGUAGGAGAGCUCAGUCUUACCCUGGAAGACCAAUGGAGAGAGCCUCAUCGGACGCUGGAAAGAAUAUCAUAGCCAGGCUGGCAGGUACACAUGGGGAGCAGAGCGAGAGGCAAGGCCGGGCCGGGCAGCGGGAGCACAAACGGCCAGAGUCACAGGCAGAGGCCGAGCGGAGAGACGAGGCAAUUCUCUCUGCUCGAGCUCGCUCUCGUUCGAAGGCAUCCUUGGCAAUGACGGCAGGCACGGCCAGCACGGCAUCGAGUCGAGCUGCCAGCCCCAACCCUUCCUCACGUGGUGGACCUAGCGCUGGUCCCUCCCGUUCGGUCUCUCCUGCUCGUGGCAGGUCUCAAAGAACGAAUGAUCCACAAGAGUGGCAGACAUCUCAACAUCAGCAUCCUCAUCACCAUCAAGCGCUGAGUCUCAGACCCUCUGCCUCUCGUUCUCCGAGCUCCUCUUCUUCGUACAAGUUGAUGACACAGGAGGCUCUGAGAGUCGCCUUGCUCGCCGAAAGGCUGGAGGAGCGGCGAAGCAGGCGAGGUCGGAGUCGUAGCAGCACUGCCAACACAGAUACGGAUGGCUACUUUGUUGGCAAGUACGACAAUUUUGGUCUGCGGAUGGCUGGCAGCCGGGAAGGAAGCAGAGGCAGCAGUAGGCGAAGUAGCAUCGAUGGGCAAUCAGAUGGGCUUCGCAGCAACAAGGGCAAGGCUAGACAGCACUUCCUCACUGUGCCGACGACGGACGAAGAUGAUUCGGAAGAAGGCGGAACGAGCGGGCUCACCAUAAUGAUGGAAGGAGAAGCGACGGCGCGACCCAGCCCAGAAGGCUCCACAUCCCCUCCGAGGCGCCACAAACUCAAGCGUCAUGCCUCUGCACUGGGGAAGGAGCUGGAUCCUCUGCUCCCCUUGGCAGACAAAAGGCGGAGCUCUCGUCGGGCAGGCCGAUCGAGAGUGCACUCUGCGACGCAAGAGCAAUCGACUGGCAGCGGAAGAAGCAAGAGCCGUAAAAGGAAAGCCACCUCUGCCGUUGCUGGCGUCUUCUCCCUGCUGGGCAUCGGCAGUCUGGUGGGCUUGGGGGAAGUAGGAGACAGUGUGGGCUUUUGGGCCAUGCCAGGAACAGCUAAUGCAAGCGUGGUGCGGCCCAUGCGAGAGCAGCAGGAGGUGAGGUGGAGACAUCCGGUCAUGCUCUACCCUCAGUCUACCGGUCAGAGAACGGGUCUAGGCGCCGAACGACCGGACGUGGUCGCAUUGCACUUUGUCUCUGGCAAUCGCGACGAUGACGACCAUCGGCAUCAUCGACACAAUCCGCCUCCUACAACUCCUCUUCCCCCUCCUGACCCGUCUCCACCACCGCACGACGAGCGUCCUCCGGGAGGAGGCCCACCUCCACGAGCCCCCAUCGACGUCCCCCUCCUCAUCGGCCGCAUUGCCUCCUGGCUCUGCACGAUCCUCUACACCACCUCCCGUCUACCCCAGCUUUACCUCAAUGCGCGACGUCGCUCCGUGGAAGGGUUGAGCAUCUUGCUGUUCAUGAGCGCAUUCAUGGGAAACAGCCUCUACUCUCUGUCUAUCUUGAGCAGUCCAGAGGCAGUUGGGGAGGGAAAGAGGGAGUAUCUGAGGGAAAGUAUGCCCUUUUUGCUCGGUAGCGGGGGGACACUGGUGUUUGAUGCGGUCAUUGUGCUGCAGUGGUGGAUGUGGGGGAAGAAGGGACAGGGGCAGCGCCGUCAGGAGAGUGAUGGUGUUGUAGAGCGAGUCCCGGCGUGAACAAGCGAGCGAGCGAGGGUUGGGGUCGGGCCGUGCUCCGUAUAGACCAAAGCGAACUGUAGAUUGUCACACACAGCAUACCUCGUCCAUGUCCAGACAUGCAAUUACUAUCUCUGUCACAAUCCUUACCUCUAUCGCAAUCACUAUCAGUG